AUGGAGGAAACUGGAGAAGGUCCUUCAGCGCCCCACACAAAAGCAGAGGCUCCAUUCCCUAUCACUGCCGAGAGUGAGCCCUCACGUCCCCAUGACGAUGUUGUGGACGGUUGGAGAGGAUGGAUAGUUGUGGGAGCCGCUGCUUGCUCUCUGUUUGUUUAUCUCGGCAUCAUUUAUUCCUGGGGAGUUUUGCAAAUCCAGCUACUAGAAUCAACCUCCUCUUCCUUAACCACAUUGACCUUCGUUGGCUCUCUGGCUACAUCCUUUAUGGUGUCGAUCAGUAUCCCGGUAGGACUGAUCAUCCGGAGGUGGGGAUAUCAACGAACUGCUCUAGUCGGAGCAGUGCUUAUGGGUCUAGGGGAAUUCCUGGCGAGCUGGGUAACCGAGUACGUCGGUGCAUUGUUUGUGACACAUGGCAUCAUCUUUGGCGUUGGAGGAGGCCUGACGAUUCUGGUAUGGUUCUCAUUACUAUAUUCCACAUUUGGUGUUCAUCCUUUCUAUCCUCUAUGUAUUUCUCGCACUAAGUAG